AUGACCCUCAUGAACCUAUGGGAAGAAAGUAACGAAACUAACUACUCUAAACAUACCGACUUAAAACUAAAAAGUAAAUUCACCACAUAUUUGGGAAACUAUCGUAAUAUUGAUCUCUUUCUAGAAACAAUGAAAAACGAAAUUGAUAAAUUAGACACUAGAUCACUUGAUUUUCAUUCCAAUAUGAACCUGUCAAGUAGGGAACAAAUGGCGCUCAAGUCCCUGAGAAAGAAUACAGAGAUCAUCAUAAAACCCGUGGAUAAAGGUGGGAACAUAGUGAUGAUGGAUGUUUCUGACUAUGUCUCAAUGGUUCUCAAAGUGCUGGAAGAUGAGAAUACAUAUAGAAUUUUAAAAUCUGACCCCACGAAUGACUUCCUUAAAAAAUACAGGGAGAUUCUGGAUGGGGGCCGCAGUAGAGGGCUGCUAUCAGGGGAUGAAUACGCAUUCAUCCUCAAUUGCCAUCCGAGGAUAGCGACCUUCUACUGUUUGCCCAAAGUACACAAAAGUAUGACUUUACCCCCUGGCCGCCCCAUUGUCUCGGGAAUAGAAAAUCUGACACAGAAUGGCAGCAUAUAUAUCGAUAAAAUCUUACGACCAUUCGUUGAAAAACUCCCUACCUUUCUUCAGGAUACGAAACAGACCCUGGCCCUUCUAGCAAAUCUGGAGGUACCCCCCUCGGCUAAACUAUGCAGCUUAGAUAUCGAAGCCCUAUAUUCAUCCAUCCCUCACUCUAAUGGCAUUCGCCAUACACGUCAUUUCUUGGAACAACGAG